AUGGCAGCAAGACCAACUACCCCGCUCAGGCGGGUAUCACGCGGCUCGAUCUCAGCCUCUGCAUCGCUACGUCGCUCUCAAGGACCUGGCGCUGAUGAUACGCCCCUUGCAUUUCUGGACUCUGCAAUGUCCGACUUGGCGGAUGAGACGGCAGUGUUGCAGUCCAAUUUGGAGGCCGUUAGCGGUAUUCACGAAGCGCUGCGGACCUUCGAUGAGAACUUUGCAAUGUUUCUCUACGGCCUCAAGAUGAACGCGUUCUGCGUGGAGUGGCCAGAGGCGCCCGCGGAGGAGAACUUCGAAAGAGCCGGAGAGCGCGGACAUCGAUUGCAGGAGCAGCAGCUCGCGCGCGCCCAGAUCUCAUCUGGGGACUACUCCUCCGGAGAUGUGCGAGGACGCGCCAGCGGGGGUGGAGGUGCCUCCGGUUUCAAUGCGGGAGAUCAGACCUACAUGACUACCGAUGAGAACGACUCUUUCGGGCCUCCAACUCCCAAAGCUGCUCCUGCUGCUCAAAGAGCGGCCACACUGAAACCUGCCCUCAAGAAGACCGUGCCCGCCAACGGAGCUGCCGCUGGGAAGACUGGCGCAAAAGCGAAAAUCACACCUGCGUUGCGUAAGAAGCGAGAGAGCAUUGCUGCCACGAUCAUCGAGACUCUGCCGUUGGAAUAUCGCGGUGCGGAUCCAAAACCUCGCGCUCUCGCCGAAAAUGUCAUCCUCGCACUGAUGGCUGCAGGACCAAAAGGAGCCAGAAUCAAUGAAAUCGCAACCACGGACAUGCCUUCAGCGCGCGUAAACAAGACAUUGAUCGCCCUGAUCGCCGCGAAACACGUCGUGAAGUCAUCUAAUAAUGGAGUUGUCUAUCACCUCGACCCGGCUAGGCAUCCAGAUCUGCCCUGAGCAGCGGAGACGCUUGCUGCCUUCCCCUAAUCUUGUUGUAUUCUAUCCACGCCUGUCCGAAUAGCGAGUCCAUGCGAUUGUUCAAUGCUCGUGUGACCGACCAAAGACGGGCAUUCGAGCGAUGCGUGCUGCGCGGCUUGUCACAAUCAACAGGUGGACACGCAUGUGAAUUUCAUCGCAUUGAACUGGG